GGAGAGAAAGGUAACCCAGAUCCAACGGCGGAGAACGAGCGUUGAUGUAAGACUAGGGUUUACAACCUAUCCCCUCUAUCGCCUCCACUAUAUAUACUAACACCAUACCAACUCUUUUAUCCGUUGCGGUGCAGCUUUUCUCUGCCCUCCCAACCCUAAUAAUUUUAUCAAACUCAUUCAAAAACCACAAAAACAAAUCAAAUAUUUCAAAAAAACCGAAAAAAUCGCAAAUGGCUCAGAUUCAAGCGCAGCCGCAGCCGAUUCCGGUGACUGGAGCCAACGGCGUGGCGCCGCCCGCCGCCGCUGCAACGACUUCGCUCUUUGUCGGAGACUUGGAUUACAAUGUAACCGAUUCGCAGUUGUACGACUUGUUUAAUCAAGUCGGACAAGUGGUCUCGGUUAGGGUUUGCAGAGAUUUGAGUACGGGGAGGUCGCUCGGUUACGGCUAUGUGAAUUACAGCAAUCAGCAAGAUGGGGCCAGGGCACUCGACGUCUUGAAUUUCACUCAGCUGAAUAACAAGACUAUUCGAGUUAUGGUUUCUCAUCGCGAUCCUAGCAAACGGAGGAGUGGAACAGCUAAUAUCUUUAUCAAGAACUUGGACAAAUCGAUCGACAACAAAGCCUUGCAGGAUACCUUUUCAAGUUUUGGAACUAUCCUUUCCUGCAAGAUAGCGACCGAUAAUUCUGGCCAGUCUAAAGGCUAUGGGUUUGUCCAGUAUGAUAGUGAAGAAGCUGCUAAUACUGCAAUUGAAAAGCUAAACGGCAUGUUAAUGAAUGACAAACAAGUUUAUGUUGGCAUGUUUCUGCGUAAGCAAGAUAGAGAGACUGAGAUAAGUAAGACUAAAUUUAACAACAUUUAUGUGAAAAAUUUGUCCGAAACGACAACUGAAGAGGAGCUUAGGGAAAUUUUUGGUGAGCAUGGAACAAUUACCAGUGUAGUAGUAAUGAGGGACGGAGAUGGGAAAUCAAAGUGUUUUGGGUUUGUCAACUUUGACAACCCUGAAGAUGCAGCUAAAGCUGUUGAUGCGCUGAAUGGAAAGAAGUUUGACGAUAAAGAGUGGUAUGUUGGCAAAGCUCAAAAAAAAUCUGAAAGAGAAGUCGAGCUAAAAAGUAGAUUUGAGCAAAGUGUGAAGGAGCAGGUGGACAAAUUUCAAGGGCUUAAUCUGUAUGUUAAGAACUUGGAUGAAACCAUUGAUGAUGAAAAACUGAAGGAAUUGUUUUCGGAAUUUGGAACUAUAUCUUCGUGCAAGGUCAUGCGGGAUCCCAGUGGUAUUAGCCGAGGAUCUGGAUUUGUUGCAUUUUCGACGCCUGAAGAAGCUUCUCGAGCUCUUGGUGAGAUGAAUGGCAAAAUGAUUGUGAGCAAACCACUUUAUGUUGCUCUUGCUCAGAGGAAAGAAGACAGAAGAGCAAGGUUACAGGCCCAGUUUUCCCAGAUGAGGCCCGUUGCCAUGGCUCCUUCUAUGGCUCCGCGUAUGCCGAUGUAUCCACCUGGUGCUCCGGGUAUGGGACAACAACUCUUUUAUGGGCAAGCACCUCCUGCAAUGAUCUCACCCCAGGCUGGUUUUGGUUAUCAGCAACAGCUGGUACCAGGGAUGAGGCCUGGUGGAGGUCCUAUGCCAAAUUUUUACAUGCCAAUGGUCCAACAGGGUCAGCAGGGGCAAAGGCCUGGUGGAAGGCGCGGAGCUGGUCCUGCGCCACAAACUCAGCAACCUGUUCCUAUGAUGCCCCAACAGCUCAUGCCCAGAGGGCGCAUGUAUCGUUUUCCACCUGGUCGCAAUGUUGGAGAUGUGACCAUGCCAGGUGUUGGAGGAAGCAUGCUUCCAGUUCCUUACAACAUGGGGGGUAUGCUUCCUAGAGAUUCUGCAAUGGGUCAGCCUAUGCCAAUUACGGCGUUGGCUUCUGCACUAGCCAAUGCUCCAUCUGACCAGCAAAGGACGAUGCUUGGGGAAAAUCUAUACCCACUUGUUGACCAGCUAGAGCAUGAUCAUGCAGCCAAAGUUACUGGCAUGCUUUUGGAGAUGGACCAGACUGAAGUUUUACAUUUACUGGAGUCACCUGAUGCUCUAAAGGCGAAAGUUGCUGAGGCAAUGGAUGUCUUGAGGAACGUUUCACAAUCUAAUACGGCUGAUCAACUAGCUGGACUUUCUCUUAAUGAGAACCUUGUCUCUUAAGCGUGGUUGGUUGGUUGGUCGGUCGGUUAGAAGACUGGUGUUAUUUUUUGGAUCCUUCAGUAGUGAAGGAUUACAUUUUUCUAGAAUUAGCUGCCUUGAUACUUAGAGAUUUUGGAUUUAAGACUAAAAUCAUGUUUUUUGUUCCCUUCCGAAAUGUGUGUUACAAAAUUCCAUUGACAUAUUUCCAUAAGAAAAUCGAAGUUUGUUUUAAAGC